ACUCUUACAAAUUAUCUGAGAAAUAUUUCUUUUAUUUCGAUAAUUAAUUGCAUGACUUUGACGUUGCUGAAAUUUUAUGUUGCGAAAUUGUGCUUAUGGGAAGGAGGUGGGGGAAAUGUGACAAGGAAAUAUACUAGAAGGAAACUGAGACCGGAAGCAACGAGCCACUGCUGUUUCCGUCGCGUGAUACAUAAAUUCGCCGGCUGAGAGUUGCAUUAAGAAGUACAAGGCUGAAUCAUGUCGAGUCCGUCGUUGAAGGACCUCCCUAAAGUAGCUCUAGACCUGAAAAGCGAAUUGGAAGGUUUCAAUCAUGGCUGCAUGAAGAAAGCUGCUACUGCCGAAAAGAAUGUUUUACCUUCUGCUGAAGACGUGCGACAGGAGCGGCAGCAUACCGAGUUGAUACAUGGCGUGGAAACCUUUAAGACAGAUCAGUUGAAGCACGCCGACACGAAAGAGAAGAUUGUAUUGCCUAACGCCAAAGACGUUGCUGCAGAGAAAACCCAGCAGACGUUGAUCGCCGGCAUCGAAAAGUUUGACACUGCAAGUCUGAAGCACACCGAGACGCAGGAGAAAAACCCGUUACCCGAUAAAGAUGCGAUCCAGCAAGAAAAGGGGAAGCAACAGCUAAUCUCCGGUAUUGAGAAUUUCGAUCCAGCGAAGCUGAAGCAUGCGGAAACCCUCGAGAAAAAUCCUCUGCCCACCAAAGAAGCGAUCGACGCCGAGAAGGUAGCCGCUUAGAGAAGCUGCCACACGAAAACGAAGGAAAGGAACGGGAGACGGCGCGACUCGUCGCUUUUUCCAUUUUCUAUAUCCGUGACAUUUUAUAAUAAUUAUUCAUACAUUGCCAAGGAAAAAAAGCGCGAAUGCAAAGUGUGUUAGUCGUAAUGCUAUGAGUAUACUUAUCUUAUCGCCGUUUUUCGGCGUUCUUUUGGCGAGAUCAAAAGAUACUUGAUCCAAAACAUUCAGUUUGAAUCAAGUAGUCGAUGACGAUACUGUCGUUUGUCAUAUUUUUUGAUACCAAGCCAUUUCGAGAGACAAUUUGGUAAUAAUUAGGUAAUGAUAAAAAAUAAGAACAGACUUAAAAUUCUUGUCUCAUUGUAAGUUAUCUUUAACUUACCUUCUCGCUACAUUUACUCGUUUUAUUGCUGAACACACGACAAAUACAUUAUAUUAUCUGAACAGUUGCCUAUAUACCUAUAUUAGGCUGCUUAGAGAGAGAAAGACUUAUGGCAAGAAAAAAAUUAGUAAAUGUGGCGAGUUAGAAAUUCGUUCUACGAAACAGGGACGAGAGUCCAACUUGACAGAUUGUGGAAUACUGCACGGAAUCGCCAUCUCGCCGAAGAAUGUUUUUUUACACCGAGAACUGCAUGCGCGAGUAUAUUCGUUAUUUUCGAUAUAACAGGCAAAAUUGUCGGUGAUAUUGCAUUUGAUGCGUUACAGCAGACAUCGCAGAAGUAAACACAUACACAGUGGUCGAUCUUAUAUUUAUGUAUUGUAAAAAUCAUAUUUUGUAUAAACGGGCUAUUGUACUUUUUUAAUAUUUCGUAUACAUCGCAUUGUCAUUUCGACGAAAUUAUUACGAAGAAUAAAAAAAAGUAAUUUGUACAAAA